AUGUUACAAGUAGAAAAUCCAGCUACCUUUCGACAUUAUAUCGACGAACCAACAGAAAAUGAUAGUAUUAUCGCUCAACGAGUAUUUAAUACAUAUAAACAAAUGCAUACAUAUCAAUGUGUAGAUUUUGUUCGUAAACAACAUGAUCGUUGGUUAAAAUUUGAUCAUGAUCGUAUGACAAUUUAUCAAGCAUUAGAAAAAUUAAAUGAAUUUAUUGAUGAAAGUGAUCCUGAUGUUGAUGUGCCAAAUAUCUAUCAUGCAUUUCAAACAGCUGAAGCUAUACGAAAAAUAUAUCCGGAUCAAGAUUGGUUUCAUUUAACUGGUCUUAUACAUGAUUGUGGAAAAGUUUUAGCAUUGUAUAAUGAACCACAAUGGGCUGUUACUGGUGAUACAUUUCCUGUUGGAUGUCAAUUCAGUGAAAAAAUUGUUUAUCGUAAAAAUACAUUUGAAAAUAAUCCAGAUUUAAAUCAUCCAAUUUAUUCAACAAAAUAUGGCAUGUAUACACCAAAUUGUGGUCUUGAUCAAUGUAUGAUGGCAUGGGGACAUGAUGAAUAUCUUUAUCGUGUUUUGUCUAAUCAUCCAACAUGUACAUUACCGGAUGAAAGUUUAUAUAUAAUACGAUAUCAUUCAUUUUAUCCUUGGCAUGCAGGCAAUGAUUAUAUGUAUUUGUGUAAUGAAAAAGAUCUUCGUAUGUUGGAAUCGGUUCGUCGUUUUCAAAAAUUUGAUUUAUAUACAAAAACUGAUCAUGAUUUACCAAAUAUUGAUGAACUUAAACCAUAUUAUUUAUCGUUAAUUGAAAAAUAUAUUCCAGGUCUUGUUGCUUGGUAA